AUGAGAUUAAUAAUUCAGAGAUGUCUUAGUGGUUCUGUAUCUGUUGGAGAUCAAUUAGUAUCUCAAAUUGGAAAAGGCUUAGUAGUCCUUCUAGGAGUAUUGAUAUAAUUAUAUGUCUUAAGAUACAUGAAAGAGAUACAAAAGAGGUGGCUAAGAAAUUGGCUCAUAAAUUAUCUAAAAUAAGAUUGUGGGAGAAAGAAAAUAAAGCAUGGAAUGGAUCAUGUGUUGAUUUUAAUUAUGAAAUUCUAAUAGUCUCUUAAUUUACAUUAUAUGCAUACAUGAAAGGUAAUAAACCAGAUUUUCAUUAUGCAAUGGAUGCUGAAAAAGCAAGAGUAUUAAUAUAUUUAAAAAGAAAGGAAUUAUAUGAAUAUUUUGUUGAUGAAUGUGGAAAGGCUUAUAAACCAGAGAAAAUAAAGAAGGGAGCAUUUUAAUAAUAUAUGGCAGUUAAUAUAGUGAAUGAUGGACCAGUAACUAUUGAAAUAGAUGAGAUAGAAGUAGAGAAACAAUAAAAAUAAUAGAAAUAGUAAUAAUAAUAAUAAUAAUAAUUACCAUAAGAAGAAUAAGUAGAAGACAAUAAGAUUUAAAAAAUAAAUUGA